CAAGAUACAUUCAAUCACUGAAAGUUCUCUAAAAAAAAUGGUCAGAUUUCUUAACCCCAUUUUCCUCUCCUGCCUGUACAUAAUUUUCAUACAUUCCCUUUCGGUCAAUGCAACAACUCUGCAAUCUGAUAUUGAUGUUCUAGAGGCCUUCAAGACAUCGAUAGACCCUUUUUCAAUCUCCACGGAUUCCUUCCUCAGUAGUUGGGAUUUCAACUUGGACCCUUGUGAGACAACGGGGGCAAGUUUCUUGGGCAUUCUUUGCACAGUUCCUGAUGUGGACACUAACUCCUCAGGCCGGAUAAUGGAAAUCGAUCUAGAAGGAGAUGAACUGGAGGGCUUCUUGACAUCGUCAAUCGGGAACUUAACUGAACUUGUCUCUCUGAAUCUAGGCAGGAACAGGUUUAGAGGGCCAGUGCCUGAGACUAUCACUAAUUUGAGGAAACUCACUAGUCUUCAACUUUAUGAGAAUUUUUUCUCUGGUAGUCUUGUUAAUGGCAUUGGUGAACUCACAAAACUUGAAAUCCUUGAUGUCUCAAAUAAUAGGCUCUCUGGUUCAAUCCCUUCAUCAAUUACAUCACUUCGAAGUUUGACUCAAUUAGACCUGUCUAACAAUGAAUUGACAGGAAAACUUCCUCAACUUAAUGGUCUAUGGCAACUCUCUUCAUUCGAUCUUUCCAAUAACCAAAUUUAUGGGAAUUUGCCACAGUUCCCAUUGAAGAUCAAGACACUAUCACUUGGUCACAACUUGCUCUCAGGACACAUUACCCCGGUGCAUAAACUUAGACAUCUCAGAACAUUAGACCUUAGUGAUAACAGAUUUUCAGGAGGAAUAAACAAGGGGAUCUUCAUGUUACCUGAAUUAAGUUACGCAAACGUUUCAGUAAACCGAUUCACAGUGUUGGAGGUGGUGGAAUUCUCUGAUAAAGAAUCACAGCUUCACACACUGGACGUACAUGCCAAUCGUAUACAUGGCCAUUUGCCUGUGAACUUGAUUAGGUACCCAAACUUAACGGAAGUAAACCUUGGACAUAACCUGUUUUCGGGCGAGAUUCCAUCAGAAUAUUGGCCACGACUCGGGUUUUCAUGGAGAAGUCUCAACUUGGAAUAUAAUAACCUGGAGGGAUCGGUGCCCCGAGACCUCAACAGGACUUUAGAAGGGGUUCAGGGAAGUUUUGAACACAACUGUCUCAUUUGUCCGAAGGGCUUGCAGCUAUGUCAUGGACAGAGGCCAGCAUCAGAAUGUCAUGGAGGAAACCACAAUUAGUUGAGAUAUUUAGCUAGCGUCAGAAUGUCAUGGAGGAGACCAUAAUUAGUUGAGAGAUUUAGCUUUUGAAUGUCUUGAAAAUUACUUACUUUACAUGUAUGGAAUAUCUAAUGUCAGUUUUUCAAGGUUAAAUGUUUUCCUAGUUCCCAAUAUAGUUUAUCAGUUGUAGCCUGUUAUUUCAAUGAAUAACGAGUAGCAUUGGAAUGAAGCAGCUCAUAUCUUCA